AUGGAUGCCAGGGUGGCCCUGCUGCACCUCUGGGCAGUCCUUGUCCUCCUGACAACUGAGCUGAAGUGGAUUGAUGCUGCAGAGGUCUACACCAACGCUUGGGCUGUCCAGAUCGUUGCCGGGCCAGAGGAGGCCGACCGCAUCGCCAGGGAACAUGGCUUCACCAACCUCGGCAAUGUUUUUGGAGAUUAUUAUCACUUCAGGCAUCAUGCCGUGGAGAAGAGGGCUUUGUCCGGCCACAGGGGGAUGCACAUCAGACUCCAGAAAGAACCCCAGGUCCUGUGGAUGGAGCAGCAAGUGGUGAGGAAAAGGAAGAGGAGGGAUGUGUUUGAAGACCCAACAGACCCUGAUUUCCCCAAGCAGUGGUACCUGACCACCCCAUCGCAUCAAGACCUGAAUACCAAAGUGGCCUGGGCUCAGGGCUUCACAGGAAGAGGCGUUGUGGUGACAAUCCUGGACGACGGCAUCGAGAAAGACCAUCCUGAUCUCAUCAAUAAUUAUGACCCUGAGGCCAGCUAUGAUGUGAACGAUGGAGACUCUGAUCCCCAACCAAGAUACACACAGCGAAAUGAGAACAGACACGGGACCCGAUGUGCAGGAGAAGUCGCGGCUGCAGCCAACAACGGUGUGUGUGGUGUGGGCGUGGCUUAUAAUGCUAAAAUUGGAGGAGUUCGUAUGUUGGAUGGGGAGGUGACAGACAUGGUUGAGGCUCAUUCCCUUAGUCUCAACCCGCAGCACAUCCACAUCUACAGCGCCAGCUGGGGCCCAGAAGACGAUGGCAAGUCGCUGGACGGCCCUGCCAAGCUGGCCAAGGAGGCUUUUCUCCAGGGAAUCACCAAGGGACGCGGCGGACUGGGCUCCAUCUUCGUGUGGGCCUCUGGUAACGGCGGCCGCGAGCAGGACAGCUGCAACUGCGACGGCUACACAAACAGCAUUUACACCCUGUCCAUCAGCAGCACCACGCAGGCCGGCAACGUGCCGUGGUACAGCGAGCCCUGCUCCUCCACGCUCGCCUCCACCUUCAGCUCCGGAAACCCAGGGGAGAAACAGAUAGUGACCACGGACCUCAGGCAGAAAUGCACGGACAGUCACACGGGGACGUCUGCCUCCGCCCCACUGGCUGCUGGGAUCAUCGCUCUGGCUCUGGAGGCCAACAUGAACCUGACCUGGAGGGACAUGCAGCACCUGGUGGUGAGGACGUCCCGGCCCGCACACCUCAGCGCCGGAGACUGGAAGACCAACGGAGUGGGACGCAGAGUGAGUCAUUCCUACGGUUACGGGCUCCUGGAUGCUGGCGUUAUGGUUUCUUUGGCACAGAACUGGUCGACACUGGGGCCACAGAACCAGUGUGUUCACACCAUGCUCACAGAGCCGAGAGACAUCGGAAACAAGCUGGUGUUCAGCAAGAGUGUGGAUGCCUGCUGGGGACGGCCCGAGUACGUCAGCUCUCUGGAACACGCUCAGGCUCGCCUCACUCUCUCCCACAACCAGAGGGGAAAAUUGGCCAUUCAUCUCAUCAGCCCACUGGGCACACGCUCCACCCUGCUGUUCCCCAGGCCCAAUGACUUCUCCUCGGAGGGAUUCAACGACUGGGCCUUCAUGACCACCCACUCGUGGGACGAGGAUCCUCAAGGGGAAUGGACCCUGGAAAUUGAAAAUGUGGCGGCUAACGGACGAGACUAUGGUGUGCUGACUCAGUUCACCCUCCUCCUGUGGGGCACUGGCCCCAGUGUCGUCAACCCCUCGUCGUCCGAUUUCCCUCGACCGUCCAACAACAGCUGCAAGACCUUCGACGCCCAGCAGAUCUGCAUCGAGUGCAGCCCCGGCUUCUCCCUCUUCCUCCAGGGUUGUGUGAAGUUGUGUCCUCCGGGCUUCACGUCGGGGCCGCAGCUGCUCAACCUCUCCCUGGAGAACUGGGUGGACCUGUCCUCCAUCCAGGCCUGUCUCCCCUGCAACCCCUCCUGCCUCACCUGCUCUGGCCCCGGCCCCACAGACUGCCUGUCCUGCCCCCCUCACACCCACCUGGUCCUCACCUCCUGCCUGCACCAGAACCAGGUCCAGCGGAAGUCCCCUCCAUCCGGGGGUCUCCAGGGAGACGCAGUCCAGCCGCACCAGGAGAUCCCGGCCGCUGUAGACAACAACGUCCAAGAGGGCGAGGAACCCCCGGGGCUCAGCGCCACUCCGUCCACUCAGCUGCCCGUCGUGGUGGCCGUGCUCAGCUGUGCCUUCAUCCUGGCUGCCUUCGGGGGGGUCUUCCUCCUGCUGCAGAUGCGCUCGGGUGGCGCCGCGCUGGGCUGGAGGACCAAACUGCCCUCUCUGUUUUCAGAGACGAGGGGGGUGCGGGUGGGUUUUGGUUUUGGCUUCGGCCAAGGACGGGAGAGGAAGACGCGGAUAUGUUACAAGGGGAUCCCCACUGUGUGGGGGGACGAGGACAUGGUCGCCUACGAGUCUGAAUCAGACAGCGAGGAAGUGGACAGGAACGGCGAGAGGACACAUUUCAUCAAGACGCAGAGCUCCAUCUAG